CUCUGUCUCUGUCUCUGUCUCUGUUGUGUGUACCUUGCUGCUUCCUCCAACCCACUUUUCUUAUUUUCUUCUUUUUUUUCUUAUUUAUUACUACUUUUCAAAAACAAAAAACACCCUUUCAAUUCCACUUUUUUUCCGUUCAUAAAACAUUGCAAUCCAUAUACCAUCUCAUCUUUCUUACUUCAUUCUAAUUUAUAUUUAUUUUUGAAAUGUCGCGCAACAAACCAGGACUUUCGCUUAGCCAGUUGGGGUUUAGUAUGGAUUCCAGUGCAGGCACUGGACGCUCCCCGACAAAUGCAGGCAAUCCCACAGUGCAUUCUGCUAUGGCAGCGCUGCCGCCAUCGACACAGGGAGGGAGACCUGCCAUGGACGCACGCGGCCUCCGCGGGCCCACAGCGCCCGGGCGACUACAGGGCGGGAUGGGACCAUCACCCUUCGCCAUGUUUUCAGAUUUCGUCGACCCCACGGGCAACCUCAGCUUCGAGGGCAAGGCGGUGAUCAGCGCGAAUGGCGUGGACUUUAGCAACGGCAAAAGCUAUAGCAUCUCGAUGGCCGAGAUGCAGGUGCUUGGGGUGCUGGGGCGGGGGCAGUUCGGCGUUGUGCAUCGGGUUUUUCAUCGGCCGACAAAGGUGACAAUGGCGUUGAAGGAGAUCCGGCUGGAGUUGAACCAGCGCGCAUUGCAGCAGAUUAUCAUGGAGCUGGAUGUUCUGCAUAAGGCGGUGUCGCCGUAUAUCGUGGAUUUCUACGGGGCGUUUUUCAUCGAGUCCUGCGUGUACUACUGCAUGGAGUAUAUGGACUACGGGUCGCUCGACCGCAUGUACCCGGCAGGCAUCCCGGAGCCGAUCCUCGGCAAGAUCACGCUCUCGGUUGUCAAGGGUUUGCGGUUCCUCAAGGAUGAGAUGAACAUUAUUCAUCGGGACAUCAAGCCGACGAAUAUACUGGUGAACCGCCGUGGCGAAGUCAAGCUGUGCGACUUUGGCGUCUCCGGGGAGCUCAACCAGUCGCUGGCGCAGACCCACGUGGGCUGUCAGAGCUACAUGGCGCCCGAGCGUAUUUUCAAAACUGGCGGCCCCGAUGGAUACACGAUCCAGUCCGACGUGUGGUCGCUUGGCCUGACUAUCAUUGAGGUGGCCAUUGGGCGAUACCCGUAUGAUUUCGGGUCUGGGAAUAUUUUUGAUCAAAUUAAUGCCAUUGUUAAUGGGGAUCCGCCGAGACUGCCCGGGGAUAGGUAUUCGGAGUUGGCGUGUGAUUUUGUCGCGGGUUGCUUGAUGAAGGAGUCGAGUCGGAGACCAGCGUAUCAGGAGCUGCUUUUGCAUCCAUGGUUGGUGCAGGCGGAGGAGAGUGUGGUGGAUAUGGAGGAUUGGGCUGCUAGAGCCCAUGCUUUGUUUUUGGCACGCGAAGCACAAAGUACUUGAUCUGAAUUAACUUUUUUCUUGUGUUUUGUGUGACUAAUAGAUUUAUUUAUUAUUUAUUAUAAAA